UUCAACAAUUAAUUCACCUGACACUUUCUGCGUUAUAUAUAUAUAUAUACCCUUUUCCUUCCUUGUUUAAACAUCCAUCCAUCCCACAAGUAAAUCAAUUCGAACACACACACACAUACACAUGAUGGCAUUUUCAAGCAAACAUAAUUUCCUGAUCACACUGGUGGCCCUCACCCUCUCGAUCAACAUUAUAGUUCCGACCUCCGCCGCCACGUCAAAGGAAAGCUCGACUAACUUCGUGGUGAAAUCGUGCAAAACGACGACGUACUCGUCGCUGUGCGUGAAGACGCUGCUCCCCUACGCGUCGACGGUGGGCACCAACCCGCUGAAGCUGUGCAAGGUGGCCCUCAAGGCGGCGGUGCUGGCCACCUACAACUGCUCGGCCACGGUGACCAAGCUGGCCAAGCAGAAGGGGCUGAAGAAGGCCGAGGCCAUGGCCGUCAAGGACUGCAUCGGCGACCUCAAGGACGCCAUCACCGAGCUCAAGGACACGCUCACCGCCAUGACCCACAUGAACGACGGCGACAGGGAGUUCCAGUGGGCCAAUGCCAAGACCUACGCCAGCGCCGCCAUCACGGACGCCGACACCUGCGUCGACGGCAUCCUCGACCGGAAGGUCAACACGGCCGUCAGGAACAAGAUCAAGAGCUGUGCCACCGCUGUGGAGAAGCAUAUGAGCAACGCCUUGGCCCUUAUUAACCAUCUCUAUUGAAUACCUCUAUCAAUUCAUAAUUUCAUUGCAUGGCCUUUUCAAUUAUGCAAUACUAAUUAAUAAUUUCUACGAGAUUGUCAUUUUUUAUGUUCCACCAAUAAUUCAGAUUUACUAUUCCACCAUAAUUACAAAUUAAUUAAUGAUU